GUCUUUGCAUCACAUCACAUUUCGGUUCACCAAUGAUUUCAUCAUAUGAGACUAAUUAGCCAUGUUAGCGAUCUAGUAUAAUACAUAGAAGUUUGUGGCGAAGUAUAUACAUAGAAAAGCUAAUCGACAUUGAAAAUAAAAUAUAAAGAGAAUUUCCACACACAUUGCGAUUCAUAUCGAUAUUUUAUUUACGUGCAUUGGAGAUUCUUACAUUUGUAUUCCUUGCACAUUGUUUAUUUACGUUAUAUCUUAUUAUAUUUUAUCACAACUUUUUUAUGUAUGUCAACUCGUGCAUAUAUAAAAGUUUUGAUAUUUGCUAAUCAUUUAUUUUUUGUAUUAUUUCAUACAUUGCGGUAAUGGAAAUGACAAGAACAACAUUAAACAUAGAAUUAUUUCAAUAUUUGUUACUAUUAUCUAUGUAUGAUCCAUAGUAAAACUGCAAAUUUUUUAAUUUUUGUUAAGAUAUUAAGAUAUUGAUGUUGGAUAAUUAUUAUGGAAAAUAAAAAUAGUAACAAUUUUAUUAGUUAUGUGGAAUUGGAAGAGCACAAGAUGCAGACUUUUAGCUCCAGUCGACGUAAUUCAUUAAUUGAAAAUAGUAUAAAGCUAUUACCAGGAGAAGUUCUUAUUGCCGAAGCACAAAGUGUCCUUAUGUUUUCACCUGUCAGUGAUCUAAAACAAGGUAUAUCUGGUAUUUUGUCAGUGACUAAUUUCAAACUUACAUUUAUUACCAGCGAUGACUCAAAUGGGGAGGAUACUACUCAUCAACAAAACCAUUUAUAUGGAUAUACUGAUACAUGUUUGACAAAUAUCGAUGAGAUCUAUGUAAUGGUAGGUGAUAAGAAAAGAAAACUAGUCUCUGGAAAUACAGUACCAUCAAAAGUAAAAGGAAUAUUUAUUAUUUGCAAAAAUCUAAGGACAUGGUCCUUUUCUUUUAAAUUUUCACCUAUUGGACAUGGUAAGAAUCUCUUGACUGCAUUACUACAUCAUGCUUUUCCUAGCAGACACCAGCUAUUGUUUGCCUAUGAUUACAAAGAAGCUUAUUAUAGUAGCCUUGACAAAAAUGUUCAGUUAUUUCGAGAUAUUUUGGAUUGGCAAAAUGAAUUGAAUAGAAUACUUGUUAGCGAUGAAAUAAGGAAAGGUUGGAGGUUAUCAAUGGUUAAUGCCAAAUUUCAACUUUGUCCUAGUUUGUCGCAAUACAUAGUUGUGCCUGCAUCUGUGACUGAUAGCCAGUUGACAGAUGCAGCUCGACAUUUUCAAGGUAAUAGACCACCAGUAUGGUCCUGGACAAACUCACAUGGUGCAGCAUUAGUAAAAAUGUCUGAAUUGGUGCCAACGAUAACAGAGAGAAUACAGGAAAAUAUUAUGUUUGAAAAUGUUCGUAAAAGCCAUCCUCAAAAGAUGCCGCCAGUUGUUAUUGAAUUGAAUAAAGAAAUUAAUGUUAAGUUAAUAGCAACAAGUUUUACUAAAUUUAUUAGCUUAUGUGCACCAGAAAAUAUCAGACAAUUCUGGAUUCAAGAUAAUAAUUUUUAUUCAUUAUUAGAGAAUACAAAAUGGCUUAAAUAUAUAUCGUAUUGUCUACAAAAGGCAGUUGAAGUCUGUGAACGUCUUAAUUUAGGAAUUUCUGUCAUCUUACAAGAAGGUGCUGGUAGAGAUUUAUGCUGUGUUAUAUCAAGUUUAGCACAACUGUUAUUAGAUCCUUACUUUCGUACUAUAACCGGUUUUCAAUCAUUAUUACAAAAAGAAUGGAUUGCUGGAGGCCAUCCAUUUUGUGAUAGAUUAGGUCAUAUCGUUAAAUCUAAUUCAGGAAAGUCUCCAUUAUUUCUUUUAUACCUCGAUUGCGUUUGGCAAUCAUAUCAACAAUAUCCAACAGAAUUUGAAUUUACGGAAACAUAUUUGACCACAUUAUGGGAUGCAGCACACAUUUCUAUUUUUGACACUUUUAUUUUCAACUGUGAAAGAGAUCGAGCAGUGGCAGCUAUGGAUCCUAAUACACCUCUUGUACUUCGUAGUGUUUGGGAUUGGCGGGAGCAAUUCAACGAUCAGGAUAUAUUGUUAUUUUAUAAUCCUUUAUUUAUUUCUCAUAGUAUCAAGAAGAUAGAAAAUAGGACAGUUAUAAAACCUUUAUAUGCUAUUUCCAGUUUAGAACUUUGGACGCAAUGCUAUUUUCGUUGGAUACCAACACUUGAGAUUCAUAACGGUGGGCAAAGACAUAUCGAAUUUUAUAUUAGAUUAUUACAAAAUAACAUCAAUCAACUUAAAAUAAAUAUAAACGAUAAUCGCGGUUCACCCGUAGAUACCGAUAAGAUCGAUCAUGAAAAUGAUACAAUUGAAGAUGAAACAUCUUGUCCUUUAGAACUGUUGAUAAAAUCUUUGUUUAAAUGUUAUAAAGCUGUAGUAAGUGCAGAUUAUGAUGAAGCAAAAAAAAAUAUUUCAAAAGCAGAAGAUGUUUUAAUGGAGAUUCAACAAGGGCAAGAAUUAUGUCGAACAUCAAGGGCAAUCGAACAUGUUUUUUAUGCAACUAAAUGUUUUUUUUUAUAUGAAUUUGAAGAAAAUCCUACUCUGUUAGAAGAGAUUUUAAAAAAUAUUGAUGAUACAGAAAAAUUCAAUAAUGAAGAACUUGGUGCCCUAUAUGGAUGUCAAAGUGUUGUAUGGUCGUGUUUAAAUGAUUACGGUAUAAAAAAAGCGAUUGAUAUCGCUAAGAAAGCAAUAGAAAAAAAUCAAGACUGUGCAUUAUGGCAUUUUAUUCUUGGAAAGAAUCUCAGGCGUCAAAGGCGUUCAAUAAAUCUUUCAUCCGAAGUAUCAGAUAUGGAAAAAGAACAUUUUGAAAUAGCAUAUGCUAUUUCUAAGAAUGAUGUAUUUGGAAUUUAUUAUUUACAAAUGCGUAUGGAGAGUUUUCAUAAAUUCAGGAGAGGAAGAGAUCAUUAUAUAAGAAAAACUAACAAUGAAAAACAAGUAUUACAAAUCGCUAAGGAAAUUGUUAAAACUAAACCAACAGAUCAUAGAGUUCUGCUAAAGUUAGCUCUUAUGUUUCUACGCGCAAAUGUUUCAGAUGAAACAUUGUUAGCGAAAGAAUGUCUAGAUGCUGUAAAUCAAAUAGCACCAAGUAAUACUACAUAUCUGCAUUACACUGCAAUGUUAUACCAGCAAUGCGGGGAUUAUAGGGAAGCUAUAAACUAUUUCAAAAAGGCUGCCGAAGGUAAUAACUUUGUAGCAGAACUUUCUUAUGUACAAUUUGGUUGGGAAACUGGAGAGGUGGAACCUUUGCCGCAUUUAUUGCGAAUGUUGAAGAAAUAUGAACAUUUAAUCAAAGAGCGACAAAUUGCUCUCAAUUUAGCUAUUGCAAUUACUUAUUAUUCUCUCCAUAACAACAUAACAAAUGCAGCAGAAUAUUUUUUAAAGGCUCUUACAAUAGAUCCACGGAAUAAUAAGUUUAAGACAUACUACAAAUAUCUUGAUUUUAAUACCCUCAGUAUUUCAUCUUUUUUAAUCGAUCAAUUAUGCCCACUACUCGAGAAAAAUAAUUCUCAAGAGAUGAGUCAAAAAAUAAAAGAUCUUUUGAAUGUAAGGGACAUAACCACCGAUGAUGUAACUAAUUUAUCAGAAGAAUUUGGAAACCUUUGUGCAAAUGACAAAACAGUGCAACCUGAAUCAAAUAUUUAGUUCCAAAUAAUGACUGCCGAAACAUUGCACUGUUUUAAUUUUAUUUUGGUGCAAUACUUUAUUAUUGAAUUGGUGCAAUACUUUAUUAUUGAUUUGGU